UCGGGUUUUUGGUAUUAAUUAUUGUUUUAUAUUGUGGAUCUGCGUUAGAUUUUUGUUAGUGUUUGGAUGAUUGAAAGUUAGGCGUUUUAUUGGAAUAUUUUGUCAACGGAAAAGUUCAUAUCAGAUUUGCUGCAAUGAGGAGACGGAGUUACAGCCCAUCUCCACCGCGAGGUUAUAGCAGGAGAGGCGGGAGGAGCCCGAGCCCCAGGGGUCGUUAUGGUGGUCGUAGCAGAGAUGCUCCGACUAGUCUCUUAGUUCGAAAUCUUCGCCAUGAUUGUCGGCCAGAAGACCUAAGAAGGCCGUUCGGGCAAUUUGGGCCUGUCAAGGACAUUUAUUUGCCCAGGGACUACUACACUGGUCAACCACGUGGCUUUGGAUUUGUCCAGUUUGUGGAUCCUGCUGAUGCUGCAGAAGCUAAAUAUCAGAUGGAUGGGCAGGGUUUUCAAGGUCGGCAACUGACUGUGGUUUUUGCUGAGGAAAACAGGAAAAAGCCAACUGAAAUGAGAGCUAGGGAACGUAGUGGAAGUGGUAGGAGCCGCAGCUAUGAUCGGAGACGGUACUCACCUCAAUAUUCCAGAUCUCCACCUCCACGUUACGCAAGGUCACGAUCCCGCAGCCGUGGCUAUAUUCCUAAAAGGAGGCAGUACUCUAGGUCUGUUUCACCUGAAGAGAAAAGAUACAACCGUGAGAGAUCAUACUCGCAUUCCCCUGCAGGGGACAUUUCUCCACCGUAUAAUGGCUCAAGGAGUCGCAGUCAAACUCCAGUCAGAGAGCAUUCACCAUAUGAUGAUGGUCGAAGGAGCCGCAGCAGAAGUCCAGUUAAGGAGCGUUCUCCGGUUAGGGGUCGCAGCAGGAGCCCCAGUCGCAGCAGGAGCCCAGAUGACGCUCGUUACUCGAGGGAUCCAGAUCAUGACGUGUCUCCACAACACUGAGCUAUCUCUUGGAGAUCAAUGCUGUAGUAGUUUGAAUCACUUUCUAGUUGUAUGGCUCUUUGCUGUUUCUUUGUCUAUGCCCGAGUAAAAUAUAGUUGGUAUUGGCUUGUCGUGUGUAGUAGACAACAUGAAUUCUGAUUGGCUAUGACAUUGAACGAUUUCUAGAAGUGGUUGAUUAUGCUUGUUACUGUUGAGUUUAGGCAUGUUUUUGAGAGCCAAUGAUUUCUAAUUCA